CGAGAAACCGGCACCACGCGCCUAGCGAUGCAGCACUCAUGCUGCCAAGGAAGCCAAAUCAACGAAAGAGGUGUUAAGCAACGCUCAAUAAUACAACGCCGAUGAUUGGUGCUUUGCAUCUUCUACGCGAUCGGCCGUGCGGCUUCUUCGAGCCAUCGACGGCAUCCUGGGAGAGCUCACUCACGACCGGACACCGGCGCCUCUGCUGCGAUGAAAUCUUGAUUGCGGCAGGGCUCAUUCAUAAGGACUAGCUGACCGCCCAAGAUGUGAGAGCGGGAGGGGGAGGCCACACUUCAUUCACUCGCUCCGCCUGAGAUUCUGGCCAAGAUGAAGCUCUCCAUCCUGUCCGUCCUUGGCUGUUCUCUGCUUGCAGAAGCGAGCUGGAGGAGGAACAUCAACUAUGGAUCCCCAUCUCACAACCAUCCAGGCCUUGGCCUGUCACUGCACAAAAUCAACAAGAGAAAUACGCCCGAGAAGGCAUUCACUGCGGAUCAACUCAACUUCACCCAUGGCGUGGCUUCUGGUGAUCCAUACCCCGAUAGCGUCAUACUAUGGACUCGCGUAGCGCCGAUGAACGCGGACGUGGCUAGCAACAAGACAGUGAGCGCAUACAUGCCUCUAUACAACCACGGCCCCAAUCAGACAGUGUCGACCGCUCCAGUCUGUGUCGAAUUCAAGGUGGCCAAGGAUUCGGACUUUGCGCACGUGGAAAGCAGUGGAAGAGCGUACACCUCAAGUGAUAUUGAUUACACUGUCAAGGUUGAGGCUUCAAACCUGACGGCAUGGACACGCUACUACUACCAGUUCAAUAUCUGUGGUAGCGAUAAGAAGAGUCCUCUUGGUCGCACCAAGACCACGCCUGACGAGAACGACUACGUCUCGAAGGUCGGCCUUGCUGUGUACUCUUGCAGCAACUUUCCAUUUGGUUUCUUCAACGCCUAUGGAAAUCCCGCCAGAAAGGACAGCGUCGAUUUCGUCCUUCACCUUGGUGACUACAUUUACGAGUACGCAGGCAAUGGCGAUUAUGGGUAUGGGUACAGCAUUGGCCGUAUUCCAGUUCCCGACAAGAUCAUCUACACCCUCGAUGACUACCGACAGAGACUUGCCACUUACCGCACCGACUUGGAUCUUUUACUCUCGCACCAGUCUUUCCCUUGGAUUCCGGUGUGGGACGACCACGAUGUCUCUGACAACACGUACCGCGACGGCGCUUCGGAGCUGAACAAUACCGAGGCUUCUUUCGUUAUGGACGGAGGAGUUUCUGUCGAUCAGCGCAAGAUGAAUGCAGUACGCGCAUAUUUCGAAUGGAUGCCAAUUCGUCAGGUUGAGAUGGACGACAAUCUCCGCAUCUGGCGUAGUUUCAAGAUCGGCUCCCUUCUCGAUCUGGUUAUGCUCGACACUCGUCAGUACGACCGCUCGAUCACUGAUCUGUACUGGAACACCGACUAUAUCCAUUCCAUCUCUAACGAUGCCGGGCGAUCGAUGAUGGGAAGUCGACAAGAGAACUGGUUCUACAACCAACUCGGUGAAUCUGCUAACCGUGGUGCGAGAUGGCGAGUCAUAGGUUCUCAGACCGUGUUCUCGAGAGUGAACGAGUCUGUUUCGUUCGGAAACACCAACCCCUUGGACUACGAUGCAUGGGAUGGAUACCAAGCGAACCGCAACCGCACAUUGAACUUCCUCACUCAGAACAAAAUCGGAAACAACAUCGUGAUCUCAGGAGACAGUCAUGCUUCUUGGGUGUCUGAUCUGGUCUGGCUUGAUCACACUGACUACUCUCCUUCAAAUGGCAACGGCGGUCUGGGCGUUGAGUUCGCCGGCUCUGCGGUCACCUCGCCCUGUCCAUAUGGCCAGAACAUCACUAUCAAGAGCGCGAACAAUUACAGCGACUGGCUGGUCGGCGCCAACCCAGAACUGCAGUGGAACGAUCUUUACUACAGAGGAUACUUUGAACUCCACCUCACCUACGAGGAGGUCAACGCUUCGUACUUUGGCCUGCCAACUGUUCAUACUCGCAACCCCCUCGAGAUUUCCAUUGCAAACUUCACCGUGAAGAGCGGCGCUAAUAAGUUGCAGAGACCUUUUGGGGUCGUAGAGAGUGGGAGUUUGAAGGGUGGGAAGAUUCUUCAGACUAAUCUUACUAAUAAUACUGCAAAUGGUGUCUGGGCUGUGGUCAAUGCCGCAAGGGAGGAGAUUUAGAGGAGAUGUAAUAUCUAUGGUAGUAAUGCGAAGUAAUGUAGACGAUUGGCGAAAAGUGUAUAGAGUAGAAUAUAUAACAGCUGUGAUUGUGCCUACCAGGUACGAAUGUUAUAC